UCUCUGGUCUAAGGAAAGAAAAGUCUUGGGGACAUUUAAGACAUAACCAAUCAGCUUGCUAAAUCUAUGCCAUAAACGGAUGGGAGACAGCAUCCUGAAAUGCCAGCUUCUGGAUUGAUGCUAGCAGUAGGCGAAACUAACAAGGACGUUGUCUUCUGCUUACAGCGAAAAUUAUCUGAAGAUAACCGAUAACGUUAGUGUUGUUCCGAGACUCGUUUUUCGCUAUUGACCCACGUUUUCAGUCCUGAAUUCUCGGCAUGAGAUGUAGAUAAUCAACCGAUAAGUUUGAUGGGGCUCCUACGGAUCAUGAUGCCGCCCAAGUUUCAGCUCCUAGCUGUUUUGGCAUUUGGAGUGGCGAUGCUUUUCAUUGAGAACCAAAUUCAGAAAUUGGAGGAGUCUCGGGCAAAGCUAGAGCGCACCAUCGCUAGGCACGAAGUGCGGGAGGUGGAGCAGAGACACACGCAGGAUGGAGCGAGGGACUCUUCGGCGUUGGCGGAGGAAGAAGACUUGGUCAUUAUUUACAACCGCGUGCCCAAGACUGCCAGCACCUCCUUCACCAACAUCGCCUACGACUUGUGCAGCAAGAACCGUUUCCACGUGCUGCAUAUUAACACCACCAAGAACAACCCGGUCAUGUCUCUACAGGACCAGGUGCGGUUUGUGAGGAAUGUAACUUCGUGGAGAGAGAUGAAACCUGGGUUUUACCACGGCCAUGUGGCCUUCCUGGACUUUUCCAAGUUUGGAGUGAAGGGAAAGCCUGUCUAUGUUAAUGUGGUGCGUGACCCUAUCGAGAGACUGGUUUCCUAUUAUUACUUCCUGCGGUUUGGUGAUGACUAUCGGCCAGGCUUGAGACGAAGGAAGCAAGGGGACAAAAAGACGUUUGAUGAGUGCAUAUCAUCGGGAGGUUCUGACUGUGCUCCUGAGAAGCUCUGGCUUCAGAUCCCGUUCUUCUGUGGUCAUUACUCAGAGUGCUGGAACGUGGGCAGCCGCUGGGCACUGGAACAGGCCAAGUAUAAUCUGGUGAAUGAGUACCUGCUGGUGGGAGUGACGGAGGAACUAGAGGAUUUUAUAAUGAUGCUGGAGGCAGCACUGCCACGCUUUUUCAGAGGAGCAACCGAACUUUACCGCACAGGGAAGAAAUCCCACCUGAGGAAGACAAGUGAGAAGAAACCCCCCACUAAAGAAUCCAUCGCUAAACUGCAGCAGUCAGAGAUCUGGAAGAUGGAGAAUGAAUUUUAUGAGUUUGCACUGGAGCAAUUUCAGUUUGUUCGUGCACACGGAGUGAGGGAAAAAGACGGGGAGCUGUACCUGCUGGCGCAGAACUUCUUUUAUGAGAAAAUAUAUCCGAAAAUGAACUAGAACUUUCUCCUGAAACAGAUUCACCCAAAAUGGACUGAAACAGACAAACAUGAACUUUCCUGAAGGCUACAGCAGAUCAGUGGUCUUUGUCUUACCAGCUGGCCAUGUUUUAUAAGCAGAACAAAAUGAAGGAGAGGACGAGAUGUUGCGGAGGUAGUGGAACUUUACAGGGGCCCAGAUGAAGACUCAGUUUCCCAGAAAUCACUUGAUUGUUCUUUCCUUCCACUACUUCCUCCUGACCAGUAGAGGAGGGUCCAGGAAGAAGAUCCAGAAUGCUUUGAGACUGGUUGGUGUGAGGGCUGUGUUUGUCUCUGGUUUUAACUACAUAAAAGCUUUAAUACAGCCUGUGGGGAAACUUUUUUUUUGUUUUUGUUUUUUUAAAUAGAUGUUCUCCAUCUCUGUGCUGUAGUUUCCUGUCUCAUCUGGUCAAAUCCAGCAAGAUGGAGAUCCAGUCAUGGCUCAAAGAGGUUUAAAAUAGACCCUCUUUCCUUUCUUUCACUGUGGUUUCAGGAGCAAGUCAUCUCCAGAAAGUGAAAAUGACUCAAACUUAUGAAACUGUUCAGAGUUCUGUGAAUUGUAGACAACUUUUUAAAUCAAGUUCUAUUGUUUGAGGGUAAUUUU